AAAGAGGAAUAGGAGGAGGAGGAGGAGGAGGAGGAGGAGGAGGAGGAGGAGAAGGAGGAACAAGACUGCCAAAUUUCUGACCCCAAAGAACCCCAUUCCCCAGCCUCUCCAGCCGCAGAGGAGGAGGAGGAGGAGGAGGAGGAGGAGGAGGAGGAGAAGGAGGAGGAGGAG